AUGGGCCACAAGGCCGAACUGAACCGCAAUUUCUCAAUGCUGUCAAUGUUGGGUUUAGCGUUUGCCAUUCUAAAUUCAUGGACCGCUCUGUCCGCCAGUUUAUCUCUCAGUCUGCCGUCUGGUGGCUGCGUUAGUGUCAUCUGGGGGUUGAUCACGGCUGGUGUCUGUAAUCUUUGCAUGUCGGCUUCCCUUGCCGAGUUCUUGUCGGCCUAUCCUACUGCUGGUGGACAAUACCAUUGGGUUGCAGGAUGGGCGAACGUGACUGGCUGGGUUGCCUUGACUGCAACUGGUGGUCUUCUCGGAAGUGAAUUGAUCUUGGGUGUCAUCUCGUUGAUGCAUCCCUCAUAUGUGUCGCAACGCUGGCAUCAGUUCCUCAUCUACAUCGCCUAUAACGUUAUUGCAUUCCUCAUCAAUGCCUUCAUGGGCUCACUCCUUCCCAAGGUUACUAAGGGUGCCUUUAUCUGGUCCCUUACCGGGUUCACUAUAAUCUGCAUCACCCUGCUGGCAUGCUCGUCGCCCAACUACAACUCUGGCGAGUUCGUCUUCGGAGAAUUCAUCAACGAAACAGGAUGGCCUGAUGGACUUGCUUGGCUGCUCGGACUCCUUCAAGGAGGACUGGGUCUCACAGGCUUUGUAAGUCUUCCGAGCUCUACUAUGCAUCCUGGUACUAACCGCUAUAAGGACGGUGUCGCGCACAUGAUCGAAGAAAUUCCAAACCCCUCGGUGGUUGGGCCCAAGAUCAUGAUCGGUUGCGUCGGUAUUGGAACCUUUACUGGCACAAUCUUCCUGAUCGUUCUCCUCUUUGUGGCUGGAAACAUCUACGAAGAUAUCAACUCCGCGGCUACGCCUUUGCUGCAAAUUUUCGUGAAUGCAACGAAAAACAACGCCGGUGCUAUUUGCCUUCUCGUCUUCCCUCUCGUGUGUGUUCUCUUUGCCGCUAUCACGAUCAUGACGACCAGUAGUCGUAUGAUCUACGCCUUUGCAAGAGAUGGCGGUCUCCCCGCUUCUCCUUUCUUCAGCAAGGUGCACACCAAGCUUGAGGUUCCUCUGAAUGCUUUGUACCUUACCAACAUCCUCGUCAUCAUUUUCGGGUGUAUUUUCCUUGGCUCGUCAAGUGCAUUCAACGCUAUUGUAUCUGCAUCGGUGGUCAUGCUUGAUAUAGCGUACGGCAUCCCUAUCGCAGUGAACUGCAUUCGCGGGCGGAAGAUGCUACCGGAGAGGUCCUUUGUUUUGCCCAACGUUGUGGGCUGGAUUGCAAACUUGAUCUCGCUAGCCUACGUUUCUCUCACGACCGUACUUUUCCUCUUCCCUCCUGACUAUCCUGCAACUGGAAGCAACAUGACCGUGUUUGGCAUCGUUUUCCUGGUGUCGAUUUUCCAAUGGUUUGUGGACGGACGUAAGAACUUCACCGGGCCGCGGAUGGAUGUAGAUAUCAUCAGUGGCCAGGUAGCCCCCGGUGAUGGCGGAGAAGAAGUUGUGGUGCCUAGCAACUUUCAUGAGAAAUAA